AGAGGAGUGCUCGUGAGUUUUUAGCCACACCCAUUUUUUUAUAAAAACGGAACUUUCCUAACUUAUGCGGCACUCUUGUUAAAUCAAGCGUAUCUACAGAUCUUCAAGUAAACGCUCUGAUCGCAACCAUGGCUGACUGUCAAAAAUGUCACGGAAAAGAUAGCCCUGCUCCUGGACCAGUUCCAAAAGAUCUUAUUCGGCUGUACAGCAUGAGAUUCUGUCCAUUUGCCCAAAGAACAAGACUGGUGCUCCAUGCCAAAGGAAUUAAGCAUGAAAUUGUCAACAUGAAUACAAAACAAAAGCCCAAUUGGUUUAUGGAAAAGAAUCCUAACGGGACAGUGCCAGUGUUGGAAACCUCAAGUGGUCAGGUGAUAUUCGAGUCACCAAUCACCUGUGAUUUUCUGGAGGAGGCCUACCCCGCAAAGAAACUGUACCCAUCUGACCCUUUUGAGAAGGCCCAACAGAAAAUGCUGCUGGAGGAGUACUCCAAGGUGGUUCCAUUGUUCUAUAAGCUCUCUAUGACCAAAGGAGAGGAUCUUUCAGUACCUGAAAAGGAGUUUAAAGAUAAACUCUCCAAACUAAAUGAGGUUCUCGUGAAGAACAAAACCAAAUACUUUGGAGGAAAUUCAGUCACAAUGAUUGAUUACUUGAUAUGGCCCUGGUUUGAGAGGAUUGAAAUGAUGGGGCUUAAUCAUUGUUUGGAAGCCACUCCUGAGUUAAGAAAGUGGAUUGAACUCAUGUUUGAAAAUCCCAGUGUGAAAGCCACCAUGUUCAGCAGUGAGGUUCACAGAGUGUUCUUCGACAGCUACAUGGAGGGGAAACCUAAUUUCGAUUAUGGUUUAUAAAGUACACAAUGUUGGUGUGCUCAACAUGAUGUUUUUUGUCAUUACUCUUUCCUUAGCCAAAGUAUUUCUGUUCUAAAGGUGCUUUGCUUUUUUAUGGUGUAUGGUUUUAUGUCAUUUAUACAUACAUAAAUGUUAUAUGUAUCCUCACUAUAUAUCUACUCUUUAACUACCUAUUAUCACACUUAAUGGUCAAAUAUUAAAAGCAAAGUUUACCCUACAAUUAAAAUUCAGUCAUUUUGUA